UCAAUCAUUAGCAAAGAAGCAUCAAGUAAGGCAAAUGCUGAUGCAACCAACAACAAAAGGUGCAUUUCAGCAGUGAUGCCAGCGUCAAACCAUCGAAUGGGCAGAAAGAUGGACGUCAUAUACUGCGCAGGCUGCAAUGAAAUGGGAUGCCUUGAGAUCAGGCAAAAAGAUGACCAGACAAAAGAAAUCAAGGAUGUAUUUGUGAAAAUGCCAGUGGUGAUGCAAGACAUGCUCCUGCAGCUAGCGUGCACAGAAGAGCUGCUCCAAAAGAUACACAUUGUAGGCUUUGUAAUCGUUGGUAUAUAUUAUACAUGA